AUGUCGGUCCCCCUCCACGAGUUGGGGCCGGAGGCGGUGUCGCGUCGACAUCUGAUCGACGAGGUGAAGCUGCAGCUCAGCAUCGUGGGCGACGAGUUCGACUGCUGGAUCUACGGCUUUUUGGAGAACAAGAAGUACAACGUCCAGGAGACGGUUGCCAAAUUGCAGCGGCGCUUCUCGAUGGAGGUGGAUGAGCUGGCGAGGUACACCUUCACGGACUACAUGCGCGAGUCGCUACGCUCUGGCAUUAUUCAGUGCGUGGGGGAGGACAAAGCGGGACGCACGGUCUUCUACGUCACGAGCAGGCGGGACCGCCCGGUGUCGUCGCGCCGAGUGGAAAACAGGCACACGUUUGACAUGAUGGUGAGCUACGGCACCCGCCUCCGCGCCGAAAGCAAGCGCUGCCAAAUGGUGAUGCUCAUCAACCAGGAGAAGGCCAGCUUGUGGAGCAACAUGGACAUGACCUUUCAGGCGGAAAUCGCCCUCCGCAUUUCGAAGUUCUACCCGGGCGCCGUGGACAAGAUGUACGUCUGCAACAUGAACCGGACCCUGGCGGCGAUGGCAAAACCCAUCUUUUCGCGCCUCCCGGCGAUUGUGUCGGACCGCAUAAUGAUUAUAACCGACGCCGAAAUGAAGUCCGGGAAGCUGUUGGAGUACUUUGACGAGAGUGUCCUGCCGGUGGCGCUGGGCGGCACCAACGACUGUGAUGACCAGGAGCACUGGGACGCAUACGCCGCUUCGAUCGAGGACUUCUACGCACAGUUGAAGGAGGCAGUGCUCUUCCGUGGCCUGUCGGUGAAGGAGUGGGAACUCUCGUGUCUCAAGGUGCCUCCUCCGACAAGUAUGCUUGCGACACCAAGGUCCGAUGCGUACAGCUUGCUCUCCCUCAGGACGUGCUGCUCCGGCCCAAGUGACGUGUAUUACAGCAGCACCACUAAGACGGGCACAAGCGGCGAACAGUGCCUAUUGGUAAUUGAGUGGAAAUCCGUCGUGCAUUGUUUCCCACGGGGUUUAGGCCUGUUCUUUUUGGAGGAGCUGCGGCGGUGGCGUCUUGAGGUUGAAUCGGACGAGACAGAGGCACGCUACAAAAUCUUGGAUGAGCACAUAGCGGCCCGCAGGCUUCAGGGCGCGGCAGACCUGGAGAUUAAUCUGUCGGAAAAAAAGUGGUACACGCAAAUCCCCGUGCAACUGCAGCUACUCUACCGGUUUUGUCUCUUGACCCUCACGGUUUUGAAUGGUAUCUACUUUUUCGCCGCCCUUGUCUUUCUUGCGGUUUUUGGUGGAAAUAUUGUUGCGACUCUCUUUUUUGGGUUCUUCGUGCAGUGGAAUUAUGUCUUCCCGCUCAGCGCGGCACUCGUCAUGUCCGCCCUGCAGUGCUUCGUCGUGUGCUCACGCGCGGUGGACAUUCUUGUUGCCCUCGCGCGCCGAAAAGUUAUUCGGCCGUUCGACAACAUUGGGUCGCAUCUGGGCGGCAUUGCGCAGAUGUCCUUCUUUUUGGCAGUGGUGGUGCUGCAAUUUGUCAUUUUCUGCGUCUUCGCCGUGUGGCACUCCCCAAUCUUCGGUCUGCAGGCCUCGUUUGCUGUCGGGUGGCUGUGCGCCGCCGCUCUCGUGGUGAUUUGUCACGCGUUGUUCCUCUUUGACUGGCUGAAUCCGCGACACCGGUUUAGCCGGGGAGGGCGGCUUUUGUGUCUCCCAUGUUUUGUGCUGUGGAAUACGCCGGAGGUGACGGAGGGGAAGGCGAACGCCUACACCCUGCGCACCUUCUCCUACGUCAUCUGCGGCAUUCCGGUGCUUCUGAGCCUACUGUUUGGCAUCGGGUUUCUCAUCAGCCGCGUCGUUGGGCUGGCGGUCGCGGUUUGCACAGCCGCCAUCGUUGCCUCCUUCAUAGUCACCUAUUACGCGGAUUCCAUGUCGAACGCGCUCAGCGGCUGCCUGGUUCGAGCCGCCAUAUGGAUUGCCAGCCUGGUGUGGGUGUUUGACUGCUACACCUUUGGCUUCCACGACUACAGCAACACGUGGUUUGUCCCGGUGCUCGUCUCGUCUUUCGUGGCCGCCUGGUACCUCCUCUUUUCCUUCAUUUGCCUACGGCAGGACGAGUCUUGCGUCCUCCUCCGCGUGGCUAUCGGGUCCCUCGGACUUUUGCUCUGUGCCACGUGGAUCUCCACCUUUCCCGUUACUGGCUGGCGGAUGGGCCUCUUCUGUACUUGCUUCCUGCUCCACAACGUGCUUGGGAUGCUGUUUAACCGCUCUGACCGGACAAACAUUGGCGGGGUGUUCGUUGCCUCGGCGGCGGUGCUGCUGAUCAUCAUGGCCGGCACGCUGCUCGGCUGGCACGGCAUGAAUCCCUUCGUGACGUCCCCCCGCAGUCUUCCACGCGACGCUGCGGCCGCGCCCCUGACGCCGCUCGCCGAGUACCACCGCUACCCCGUCUGCAGCCUUCGCACGGCCGGCGGGCUCGCCAUCACCGACUUUGCCCUCCUCACCCAGCUGGUCAACGCGUACCCCAGCGACGCCUUUUGGGUCGACUUUAGGAACUGGUUUAACACCACCGAUUUCACGUACCGCGGCGUCGUUCUGGAGUUUUCCCCCGAGGCGGGAACGUGGGACCUCCACCGCUUCGACUCCGCCACGCACAACCAGACGGUGCUGGUGCUGAGCAACAAGGAUGGCUUUUCCUCCAUGCUGACGACGACCGCCUGGCUGGGCUCCAUGGCCCUCGCGCCGCUGCACAUCUUCCUCCCCACAGACUGGACGAACAGGAUCGUCUACUACAUGUCCUUCGUGACCCCAAUGGUUGAUUUCCAGUGGAGGCGAUACCAGCGUCAGCUCGCGGAGUACCUGCGGCGCGCCAAAGCCGUGGAGACGAGGGAGCUGGUGCUGACAGGUAGCGGCAUUGCGGGUGGAAUUGCGUCCAUGGCGGGCGCCCACGCACGUACCCAAACAAUCGUCUUUGGGUCUCCCGGCUUGCUGCAUCUUCUGCGUCUCACGGGCGUCUCGGAGGACGACUACCACCACUACGUCCUGGCUGUCGGUGCGGCCAACGGGGUGCUGGACAACGUCGGUGGCCAGGACAUCACAGUGAAGCAGAAGCUGCGCUGUAGAGGAAACGCCAUGAGAUGUCUGUCGAUGGAGUACAUCUCCAGUGAACUACUCAGCAGCUGUGACACCUCUGGGCGACGACAUGCCGUUUAUUAA